AUGGGUCAUAGCUUAAACAAGAAGCCCAUCGCGGUUAUGGUCUGUUUUCCUGCUCAAGGCCACAUAAAUCCCAUGUUUCAGCUGGCCAAGAAGCUUGCAGUCGAGGAGGGAUUUUCUAUUGCGUUUAUUAACACAGACUAUCAACACCAACGCAUGGUUGCAGCUAAUAGCCACCAAAAAUCGAACUUAGUGACAGAGGCAAAAGAAAUCGGUAUUCGCUUACUUUCAAUCUCUGAUGGACUAGAUCUCCAUGAAAGUCGAAAUCAGUUUUCCAAGAUGACGAGUUCAAUGGAGAGCACCUGUGGGCCUUUACUGUGUAAAUUGAUUGAUGAGAUCCAAGAGGAGGAAGGGCUGGAUGUUACCUGCUUGAUUGUAGACUUUAUUUCGGCUUCUUGGGUAUUAGAAGCAACGAAGCACUUGGAUGUAUCAAGAGGUGUCUUUUGGGCAGCGCUCAAUGCCACGUACUCUACCUUCUAUCAUGCUCCAAGUCUCAUCUCUUCCGGAAUAAUAACUUCCAACGGUGUACUUACAGAACAUCGUAUGGUCGAAUACGUUCCCUCGGCGCCCCAAAUUCAUUCUAGUCAUCUUCCAUGGUUACUUCCAGGAAGCGAAGAUCAGGAGUUCCUUUUUAUGAUGACUCUUAGAUGUAUUGAAAGUGCAAAAGGGCUAUUCCUUGUAAGCAAUACUUUCUAUGAACUAGAAAUUCCAAUUCACAAUUCCUUUGCAAAAGAAGAUCAAGUCUAUUCUAUAGGUCCCUUGAUCCCUUCAGACUUUCUCGACACCGAUUGUGAAAGGUCAGAGAAUAAAAUUAGCACAGGCUUCUGGACAGAAGAAGUGGAGUGCCUGUCGUGGCUAGACAAACAGCGCCCGAAGUCUGUGAUAUAUAUUGCAUUCGGAAGCGUAGCUAUUUUGAACCAAAAACAGUUGGAGGAGUUUGCGCUGGGAUUGGAGGCUACUCAGAGACCAUUUCUGUGGGUUCUGCGGUGUGAUCUACUGAGUGGAGAGCCUGCAGUGCUGCCUUCAGGAUUCAUGGAACGCACAAAACAUCUUGGCUGCUUUGUGUCGUGGUCUCCACAGCUGACAGUUUUGUCCCACCCUUCUAUAGCCUGCUUCGUCACGCACUGCGGAUGGAAUUCAACUCUUGAGAGUAUCACCAUGGGUGUUCCAAUGAUCUGUUGGCCUUAUUUUGCAGACCAGUUUAUAGACAGAUCUUUCGUUGUAGAUGAGUGGAGAGUUGGGCUGGCUUUGAAUGCAAACAAGAAAGGGAUUAUAGAGAAAGAUGAGGUCCAGGAGACGAUUGAGAGAUUAUUGGAUGGUAAAGAAGGUGCUGAGAUUAGGGAAAGAAUGAGUACGCUCAAGAAUAUGGCAAGGAAUGCUGUGAGAGAAGGGGGGUCGUCUAAUAUCAACUUCAGAAAGUUUGUAAACGCCAUGAAAACCACCUGA